AGAACGACGCGCCAAAGUCUAUGAGCCGCACUUUUGUCGCGAGGUACGAUGCGACGCAGGGACGGCUUCUCUCGCUUCAACAAGAUCUACGAGUUCCAGUACGACAUACUCGGCCAGCACAACAUCAACAUGGUGAUGACGUCGGUGUCAGGUCACCUGCUCAACCACGAGUUUACGGGCGAGUACCGGCGGUGGACGGGCUGCCCUCCCGUCGCCCUGUUUGACGCGCCCCUGCACAAGUCCUGCCCACAGAACUACGUCGACAUCAAGCGCACGCUGGAGCGAGAGGUGCGCGGCUGCCAGAGCCUCAUCAUCUGGACGGAUUGCGAUCGCGAGGGCGAGAACAUAGGCUGCGAGGUCGUUGACGUGUGCCUCGCCGUGCGGCCGAACCUGCGCGUCUACCGCGCGCGAUUCUCCGAGAUAACGGCGCAGUCGGUGGCGAGCGCCGCGCGAGACCUCGUGGCGCCCGACCGCCUCGCCAGCGCCGCCGUCGACGUGCGCUCGGAGCUGGACCUGCGCAUCGGCGCCGCGUUCACGCGCCUGCAGACGCUCCGGCUGCAGCGCGUUUUUCCGCACGUGCUCGCCGACCAGCUGAUCAGCUACGGUAGCUGCCAGUUCCCGACGCUCGGAUUCGUCGUGGAGCGCUACAAGCAGGUGCAGGCGUUCGUUCCCGAGCCGUUCUGGAAGAUCGCCGUGCGGCACGACAACGACGACAACGACGGGCGCGUCGAGUUUGUCUGGAAGCGCGUUCGCUUGUUCGACCACAGGGCGUGCCUCGUGCUCUACCAGAUCUGCAUGGAGGACCCUACUGCAGAGGUAGUGGACAUACAAAGUAAGAAUAAAAGCAAAUGGCGCCCUCUACCACUCGACACAGUUUUACACGGCACCUACCUGUACAGUAACGGGCUACAGGGCAAUGAGAAGCGCAUCUACGAGUUCAUCGUACGCCAUUUCCUCGCCUGCGUAUCCCAGGACGCACAGGGCCACGAGACGAAGGUCGAGAUCGACAUUGCGGCCGAGAGGUUUGUAGGCAGCGGUCUCAUGGUGAUAGCGCGGAACUACCUGGAAGUUUAUCCGUACGACCGCUGGAACGCAAAGUACAUGCCUGUGUUCGAAGUCGGGCAGAGGUUUCAGCCAACAUCCGUUGAGAUGGUCGACGGCGAGACCACCGCGCCGCCGCUGCUCACCGAGGCGGACCUUAUCGCGCUGAUGGAGCGACACGGCAUCGGCACGGACGCGACGCACGCAGAUCACAUCGAGACGAUAAAGUCGCGCGCGUACGUCGGCGUCCGCGAUGACGGCCGCUUCGUGCCGGGCGAGCUCGGCAUGGGCCUUGUCGACGGCUACGAUUCGAUGGGCCUCGCUAUGUCCAAGCCGCGCCUGCGCGCCGAGCUCGAGGCCGACCUGCGCGCGAUCUGCGACGGCAGCCGGCGCGCGGACGACGUCCUCGCGACGCACGUGCGACGCUACCGCGACGUGUUCGUCGCCGCCGCGCGACAGGCCGGGAAUAUCGACACCGCACUGUCGGCGUACUUCGGAGCGGCGCAGCCGUAUGAGGCGGCGGCGGCGGCGGAGGUGAAACCCGUGUGCGCGUGUCCGAAAUGCGGGUCGUCCCUCGCCGUGCGGUCGAAGAAGGACGGAGCGGGGUUGUUCAUCGGAUGCAUGGGGUUCCCGGAAUGCCGGAACGCGACGUGGCUGCCAGCGGGCGUGCUCGCUGCGGAGGUGACGGACGCCGCGUGCGACGCGUGUGCGCCGACACCCGUCCGUCGCAUCCGCUUCAAGUUCCGCGCUGGCGCCAUGCCGGCGGGCGUGCCGCUCGACUACGAGGGGUGCCUCGGCGGCUGCGACCCCGCCCUCCUCGAAGCCCUCGGCGUGCAGGCGCUGACGAGACCGGGCGGGGGCGCCGCGCAGCAGCCCGCGGCGAGGCAGACGCGGCCGUCUCCGCACGGCCGCAACGACAGUGGCUACGAUUCCUCCACACAUGCCUCCCGAGUCGACAGCCAGGCGAGCGGCGGAGCGACAGCCCGGGCGAGGGCAGGUCCGACGCCGCAGCCUCACAGAGAAGGGAAUCCCCGAGGAAGCGGCGUGGGGGGAGGUGGCGACCGGCUCGGGGCGGCGACGUCGCGCGGCGCAGUUGGGAAGUGGGGCGCGCCCGCGGGGAGCCCCGGCGCGCGGUCGCCGCUAGCGCCGAUCGCCGUCGGCAACAACAACGCGGUCGUGUGCGGCUGCGGCAACGACGCCGCGCUGCGCACGGUCGUCAAGGAGGGGCCGAACCGCGGCCGCGCGUUCUACGUGUGCUCGCGCGCCGGCCCCCAGCCCUGCGACUUCUUCAUGUGGGGCGACGACGGCCCGCCGGCACCCCGCAGCGGCGAUUUCGGCGGUGCGGACAAUGCGACGGCAAACUGCCGCUGCGGAGUCGCCGCAAGCAAGCGCACCGUGCAGAAAGACGGGCCGAAUAGAGGGCGCCAGUUCUACGUCUGCUCGAAGCCGCAGGAGGCGCAGUGCGGGUUCUUCGAGUGGGCGGAUGCCGCCGGCGCCGGCCAGUCUCAGCCGCCAGGGGGUGCAGGACAGAGCUCGAAGACGUCCUCUGGGUACAACAGCGGCAGCAUGAGCAUGAACACUGACCCUGGCGACAGCGAGGUCAAGUGCAACUGUGGCGCCCCUGCACCCGUGCGAACAGUACAAAAGGAGGGGCCCAACAGGGGGCGCCAGUUCUACUGCUGUAGCAAGCCGCGGGAGUCGCAGUGUGGAUUCUUCCAGUGGGCGGACGACGGUAGAGGGCCGGGCAUUACACCUGGUCCGAGUCCGAGCAGCAACUAUAAUGCUCCACCAGGUGGGGCUGGUGCUGCUGGCGGCAGAGUCAAGGCGGUGAGAAAAUGUGGUAUUUGCGGAGUGCCAGGACAUAAUAGGACUAAGUGUCCGCAGAGGUGAGAAGCGUCAUGUAAUCAAUCGCUGUACGGGAUUUUAAUGAUCAUUUUUAGAUUUUAGAAUUGAAUAUAUUGAAUUGAAUACAAUUAUAUAUUGAAUUUAGCUUCAUAAAAUGUAAUUUUAAUUACGCUAAA